UCUCGCGGGAAGUUGAACCGGAAAAGCGAGGGGUAGAAGUGAAUGCGGGUAAAUCUCGGAUGUGAGGCUGUGCUUUUGAUUUCCAGGAGGUUUUAGAUGCUCGGUUGUGUAGACCUCUUGUUUGGCAUCUCGCGGCGGGAUCAUGUUGACCCGGCUGAAAGCAAAAUCAGAGAGGAAGCUUGCAAAACAGAUUUGCAAAGUUGUAUUGGAUCAUUUUGAAAAACAGUAUUCCAAAGAACUUGGAGAUGCCUGGAAUACAGUAAGGGAUAUACUAAUAUCUCCAUCAUGCUGGCAAUAUGCUAUCCUUCUUAACAGAUUCAAUUAUUCCUUUGAACUGGAAAAAGAUUUACAUUUAAAGGGCUAUCACACACUCUUUCAAGGAUCUUUACCCUACUAUCCUAAAUCAAUGAAGUGUUACCUUAGCAGAACUCCAGAUAGAAUGCCUUCAGAAAGACACCAAAUUGGAAUUUUAAAAAAAUACUAUCUCCUGAAUGCUGCCUCUCUUCUGCCAGUAUUGGCUCUGGAAUUAAGGGAUGGGGAGAAGGUUCUGGAUCUGUGUUCUGCUCCUGGAGGCAAAUCGAUAGCUCUGCUGCAGUGUGCUUAUCCAGGUUAUCUUCACUGUAAUGAACAUGAUAGUCUGAGAUUGAGGUGGCUGAGGCAGACAUUAGAAUCUUUCAUCCCACAGCCUUUGGUAAAAGUAAUUAAAGUGUCUGAAUUGGACGGCAGAGAAAUGGGAGAUGCCCAGCCUGAAAUGUUUGACAAGGUAUUAGUUGAUGCUCCGUGUUCAAAUGAUCGAAGUUGGUUGUUCUCUUCUGAUUCUCAGAAGGCAGCCUGUAGGAUAAGCCAAAGGAGGAAUUUGCCUGUUCUGCAGGUAGAACUCUUAAGGUCUGCAAUUAAGGCCUUACGCCCUGGAGGGUUACUUGUGUACUCUACAUGCACACUUUCCAAGGCAGAAAAUCAAGAUGUCAUCAGUGAAAUUUUAAAUUCCUAUACGAACAUCAUGCCUGUGGACAUUAAGGAAAUGGCAAGGACUUGCUCCCAAGACUUCACAUUUGCUCCCACUGGCCAGGAAUGUGGACUUUUGGUAAUUCCAGACAAGGGCAAAGCCUGGGGCCCAAUGUAUGUAGCCAAAUUGAAGAAAUCAUGGACUACGUGAAAUUGGUGAUACGCAUUUUGUAAGCCACGUCAAUGUAUUAUUAUAUUUAUUUUCCUGGGCUGUCUAGGUGUUAACAUUUAAAUAAUUAUGGAGUCAUUUUCCUUGGGUGUGUUUGGAAUCCUAUUUUACUUAAUACUUGGCAUCUCAGAAUCUAGACUUGAGAAUUUUCCAGGUGUAUUUUUUUCCUAGAAAUAUAUCUAUAGCACUGGUUUCAGGUGUUGCAGGUGGUGUUUGUUCUGUAUAAUAAAUCUGCUGUCUUUUAGUUGGCAUUUUGUAGUUAAAUUAAUCAGAAUAUAUGGUUUUAUGCAUAAUAUGUUUAGGAAUACAUUCUAUCCUUGAUGUUGGUGUUUUGAACCUCUAAAAAUGCACAUUUGGCUGGCCCUUUUAUAAUUUUUUUCCUUAUCAAAUAUACAGAUUCUUUUAGAGUCCCACCCCCCACCUUUUUCCAUAAGAACUGAUUAGUAUUCUGAGACUAACUUCUUAGGCGGCACUAUUUCUAGUUCUAGAAAAUAGGUUUCUUAUUUGCCACGUUGUUUUCCACUAAGGACUAUCUUCUGUUUACUGCAAAGGUCGGUGACUCUAUUGACACCAGCUUUAUUUCUCCUUUUUUUUUUUUUUUUUUGUAUUCACAAAUACAAAUUGAAAGGGUAAAUUAUGUUGAAAUGCUGUUAGAACAGCAGAUUCACAUGCACGGUUUGACUUUCGACAUUCAGCUUGAGAAUAAUGGAGUCUAUCCAGCAGGCUAUAAAGCAAGUACUUGAAACAAAACCAGAAUGAUUAAUAACUGCAAUAACUGAACUAUAUUUGGAGAGUUUUGUUACAUAAUUGCAGUCAUAAUGAGCACUACAGAAUCUGAUUAUCUUACAGUUGCAAUCUGGAGGAGCUUUUUAUUUCACUCCAUUAUGAAAUGUUAUAUGAGAGUAUGAUGUCACGUAUUAAUGCACAAGAGGGAGAUGCCUAUUGAGAGUGGAUUAUACUAUUACCAAAACCCAAUACCAUUUACUAUGUGGCUCUCCCUGUUUACAUAUAUCCUGGGAAUAUUGUGUACAUUACUGUACAUGUACUUAGGGUUUUAGCUUCAGGUUUGGAUCAUGUGUUUUCUCUAGAAGUUGCUUCACUUAGAGUCCAAAGGUACUUUUCCAACUAUGAAGAAAAAUUAUGCAACAUACUUCAAAAGAUGAUAAUCUAUUUGGAAAUUAACUUUAAGAAAAAUAAACUGACUAUAGAAAUAGGAAAUUCUGCUGAAGCUGAAUCCUUUUGAAUUUGUUUACUAUAUUCUGCAUAUUUAAACCAGAGACUCUUUUCUCUUGAACUGUUUUUUUUUUCAACAAGCAUA